UCUUCCAUUUAGAGCCAUUUUUAACUCCGACGCCGUACCGAAAUGACGGGUUUCAGAUGCACAGUAAUAUUUUGCGUAACAAUUAUUGCGCAUGCUCAGGAAGUUCCGGUCCCACCUCGUCCCCAAGGGUACGUUUAUGCUUACAGUCAAUCCAACAAUCUGACCGACCUGCAGCUUGACGCGUUUUUUGAUCCGCUGUGUCCGGACAGCAAACAAGCCUUUCCUACGCUGCUUCAAGUGGCAAAUCACUAUGGACCGGAUGUGCUGACGCUUCGUCUUCAUAUGUUUCCGCUUCCGUACCAUAGGAAUUCUUUCCUUGCAUCUAUGGGAACCGAGGCGGUCUACCAGUUAGCAUCGUCUCCAAGUGCUGUGUUUGACUGGGUUGCCAAAAUCUAUGACAACAUCUACCCACUGUCCAAUGCACCCACCAAACACAUGUCUGAAACAGAUGUCACUAACAUGCUUGGAGACAUCGCUGCGCAGUUGGGCAUACAAAAAUCACAAUUCUUACACAAGAUGGCGGAUGCAUGGGUGGACAUGAAUAUUCGAAUGGAUUGGAAGUACGGAUGCACUCGUGGAGUGUCCGGAACACCGCUGUAUGCCAUCAAUGGCGUUGUCAAGGUGAUUGACAAGGCGUGGUCUCUGACGGACUGGAUUGGUGUCCUGGAUCCGCUCGUCCGUAAAUCGUAUGUCUUCCAUGUUCCAAACUGACGUCAUGUACGCAAAAUCAUUGACAGAUACGCCUGUAAAUGUACUUUUAAAGUAAGAUAGAGAUUAAUAGCAAUACAUCAUCUCUGAGUUCGUUUUA